AUGGCUGCAGUAUUGGAUGACGUAAAGUCAAAUGUAUUAAAGAAGACUGAAGAAGUGUUCGACGAUGACGAACAAGAAGAAGAUGUUGAAGAUGGACCGACGGUCACAAAGAAAAAGAGGAAACGAAGGAAGAAGAAGGCACAAACAAACGAUGAUGGGACAAAUACAAAAGAAAAAGAUGAAGUAGAAAAAGAAGUGACUAGUGGUGUAACCAAUAUUAAUAUGGACGAUGAAGCCGAAGCCGAGAAAAAAAAGUCCAGACGCCGUGCAAAAAAGAAGGAAACCAAGGUCGAAGAACCAGAGUCAAAAGAAAAAAAGCAAACUGAUCCUCCAUCUGUCCCUAUACACGAACUCUUUCCAACAAGUGAGUAUCCUGUUGGACAAGAAGUUGAAUAUGAUGGCCGUAUGGGUAAACAGCGAAUAACAAGUGAAGAGAAACGAGCAAUAGAAAGUUCCAAGUAUGAUGAUUACAAUGAUGCCAGGCGGGCAGCUGAAGCUCAUAGACAAGUACGAAAACAUAUUCAAAGCUGGGUAAAACCUGGAAUGACUAUGAUUGAAAUUUGUGAAGAGUUAGAGCGAUGUUCUAGAGCUUUAAUUGGAGAAGAUGGACUUAAAGCUGGUCUAGCAUUCCCCACAGGAUGCUCAAGAAAUAACUGUGCUGCACAUUAUACUCCUAAUGCGGGUGAUCCUACAGUCUUAUUAUAUGAUGACGUUACCAAAAUUGAUUUCGGCACGCACGUGAAUGGUCGUAUAAUUGAUUGUGCGUUUACUUUGACUUUCAAUCCCAAAUAUGAUAAGCUUGUAGAAGCUGUGAGGGAUGCAACUAAUACAGGAAUAAAAGCUGCUGGUAUCGAUGUUAAACUUUGUGAAGUUGGUGAAGCCAUUCAAGAAGUAAUGGAAUCUUAUGAAGUUGAGCUUGAUGGUAAAACGUAUCCUGUUAAGUCAAUUAGAAAUCUCAAUGGCCAUUCGAUUGAUGCAUAUAGAAUACACGCGGGCAAAACUGUACCAAUUGUUAAAGGCGGUGAGGCAACUAUGAUGGAGGAGAACGAGUUCUAUGCUAUUGAAACAUUUGGUUCCACAGGACGUGGUAUUGUCCGUGAUGAUAUGGAUACAUCUCAUUAUAUGAAAAACUUUGAUGCUCCAUAUGUGCCACUACGACUCCAAGCAUCACAAAAAUUGCUGGGUACAGUCAAUAAGAACUUUGGUACAUUGGCAUUUUGUAAGCGCUGGCUUGAUAGGUUGGGCGCAACUAAAUAUCAAAUGGCACUAAAAGACUUAUGCGAUAAAGGAAUUCUUGACGCCUAUCCACCAUUAUGUGACAUCAAAGGCUGUUAUACAGCUCAGUUUGAACACACAAUUGUACUUAGACCAACAUGCAAGGAAAUCAUAAGCAAAGGAGAUGAUUAUUAA